GCUCGCUGUGGGUUGACUGUCUUACGUUCUUACUGCCGUGACGGUCGCAGUCCACAACUCACUAUGUGACUGUAUAAUUGCAACCCAAAUAAACAGUCGGUUUCGUCUUCCUCAACAAUUGGAUAACACACUCAAUCGCAACAGUCACUAUCAGUCAUCUUACAUAUCUAUCAGCAUGUCUUCUCUACUCUCGAAGUUGUUUGAUACACUAAAGAUCUCGACCCUGGAUUCAAUUAGACAACGACCGAUUAAACUUGUCCGUCCGAAGAAGCAGCCUAAUCCCCAGUUCUACGGAUACGCGAUCUCUUACGAAUGGCUUGUCCAGUUUGCGGAGCAACACUGCCCAGAAAAAUUACGCGAUCGUAAUUCCAAAGGCUAUAAACCCCACGCAAUGAUGCGAGCAUACGGACACCUUGUGGAUUUCACGGGCAUCAACAAUCUAGACACCAUCACUUGCUUCAAUCCCAUGGAAGGCGCCUCGGUGCCUCCAGAGUGGAUCCCCGUGUCUAAUUGUUACUUCGACGACGUGCUCUCUGACGAAGAAAUUCUGGCUUUUCAAAUUCGGACAGUUUACGUGCUCACUGUGUGUUCGGAUGAAGAAGAGUCUUUUGAAGACCGUCCUAUUCAGGAACAGAUGGACUACCUUACCGAGUUGGUCGGGCAUGGACCGCAGUGGUGGAUGGGCUGUAAGAGUUCAUAUUGAGCGCGAGUGGCAAAGAGUUCGUUGAACGAGUUACGUCCUCGAGUAUGUAGUCCUUCAAUGGAAAUUAUACUUAUAGGCUGUACGUCGGUUGGUAUAUGUACAUGACUACAUUGGGUCAAGUAUACG